UAAAAGUCACUUUCAGAUUUGAGUUUUUAUUUUUUAUUUUUUAUCUUUCUUAUGUAAAUCUAGCUUCUCUGUUCUGUGUUAAGAAUUUAGGAUUCUGAAAUGGAGGAGGAAUCCAGAGCCAUGGAGGUGAGAGGGGUUCCAACUCACGGUGGGAGUUAUGUGCUGUACAACCUACUAGGUACCCUCUUCGAGGUAUCCGCCAAGUACAUCCCUCCCGUACAUCCCGUCGGCCGUGGCGCAUACGGCAUGGUUUGCUGCGCGAGAAAUUCUGAGACAAAUGAAGAGGUUGCAAUUAAGAAAAUCGGGAAUGCUUUUGAUAACAGGAUAGAUGCAAAACGGACACUUCGUGAGAUCAAACUUCUUUGCCACAUGGAUCAUGAAAAUAUUAUCAAAAUUAAGGACAUCAUACGCCCACCUCAGAGGGAAAACUUCAAUGAUGUGUAUAUUGUAUAUGAGCUAAUGGAUACUGACCUUCAUCAAAUAAUACGGUCGACACAGCCAUUGACUGAUGAUCACUGCCAGUACUUCUUAUAUCAGGUACUGCGAGGGCUGAAGUACAUUCACUCAGCCAACGUUUUGCACCGAGAUUUAAAACCAAGCAACUUGCUAGUUGAUGCAAACUGUGACCUCAAGAUUUGUGACUUUGGGCUUGCAAGAACUACCUCAGAGACAGAUUUCAUGACGGAAUAUGUUGUGACACGUUGGUAUCGAGCCCCAGAGUUGCUUCUCAACUGUUCGGAGUAUACUGCAGCCAUUGAUAUUUGGUCAGUUGGUUGCAUUUUGAUGGAGAUUAUUAAAAGAGAGCCACUGUUUCCUGGUAAGGACUACAUUCAACAGUUGAGACUGAUUACAGAGCUAUUAGGUACACCGGAAGAUUCAGACCUCGGUUUCCUGAGGAGUGAUAAUGCUCGGAAGUAUGUGAAACAACUCCCCCCAGUCCCAAAGCAACCGUUCUCUCAGAAGUUUCCAAAUGUGCCCGCAUCAGCCAUUGACCUUGCUGAGAAAAUGCUUGUUUUCGAUCCAAGCAAACGAAUUACUGUUGAUGAAGCGUUGAACCAUCCGUAUUUGUCGAGUCUCCAUGAAAUCAACGUGGAGCCAAUUUGUUCUUCUCCCUUCAACUUUGAUUUUGAACAGUCAUCCUUAAGUGAAGAAGAUAUAAAGGAGCUUAUAUGGAGGGAGUCUCUGAACUUCAAUCCUGAUAAUAUGUUGGAGUAGUUCUUGAUUUGUGUUCCUUAGUUUCUGUAAUUUUGUGAUGUCCUGAACCUGAUCAACAAUUGUUCUCGUAGGAAGUUUAAGUCUGUAUCAUGAGUGAUCAGAUUUCUAUGUAAUUUUUAUGGAGGGAGACAGGUUCUCUCCCUUCUCCUUGGUGAGAAUGUAUUUAGAGUGUGAAGCAGCAACUGCAAGUUGUGUCAGUGUAUGGGGAAUUUCCAGGGUUCAGCUUCUUUGUGAAUCCAAGUUCCAGUCCCCAAGAUGGAAUCUCCAUUGAAAGUUAAA